AGCACGAUGAUACAAGGGAUGGGCUCAUGACUGACCAUGCGACGCGGGGGAAAAACUAGUCCUGAUCCUGAUUGUCGCCAUCAUGGCCAUCUUGUCACUGUACUGGGGCGUCCUGUACGGUGCAGAGGGCCGGCUCCGGAACUUUGUCGUCUACGUCGUCGACUUUGACGGCCAGGUCGCUCCGUACAACGCUGAUGCGGGCACUCCCUUUGUCGGCGAGACAAUGGUCAACACGGCGCUGCAGCUGUACAAUUCGCCCUCGUCGCCCUCGCUCGGCUACACCGUCGUGAACCCGGCCGAGUUUGACUACAACCCGACCGCCGUCCGGCAGGCCGUGUACGACUGGAAGUGCUGGGCCGCGGUCGUCAUCCACGCCAACGCGACGGCCCUGCUGCGCGCCGCGGUCCGCGAGGGCAACUCGUCGUACAGCCCUUCAGGAUCGGUGCAGUACGUCUACCAGACCGCCAGGCAGGACACGGCCGCAUACAACUAUCUUCGUCCCCAGCUCGACAUCCUCACGACCCAGUUCAUGCGGCAGUUUGGCCAGCAGUGGUCUGAGCAGAUCAUGACGAACCAGGCCCUGUCGCGGCAGGUCAUGGCCAGGGCCCCGUCGGCCGUCAACCCGGGCAUCACGCCGUUGCAAAUUGACCUGCGCCCGUUCCAGCCGCCUGCGGCGACCGCGUCUGUCAGCAUCGGACUCAUCUAUCUUAUCAUCACGUCGUUCUUCUCCUUCUCUUUUUUCCUGCCGAUUCAUAUGAAAUAUAUCCAGCCACAGGGGCACCCGCCUCUGCACUUCUGGCAGCUCAUCAUCUGGCGCUGGGUCGCAACGACAGUCGCCUACUUCUUCGUGUCCCUGGGCUACUCCCUGGUCUCACUCGCCAUGCAGAUCCCCUUCUGGCACCCGCCGGCGUCGUCGACCGAGGUCGCCUUCAACCCGACGGCGUACGGCCUCGGCUCGUUCCCGGUGUGGUGGAUGGUCAACUUCCUCGGCAUGCUCGCGCUGGGCCUGGCGAGCGAGAACGUGGCCAUGGUGCUGGGCCAGCCGUGGUCGGCGCUGUGGCUGAUCUUCUGGGUCAUCACCAACGUCACCACGUCGUUCUACGCCUUCGAGGUCAUCCCGCCGUUCUACUCGUGGGGCUAUGCGUGGCCUCUGCGCCAGGUCGUCGAUGCGAGCCGGCAUAUCCUGUUUGAUCUAAAGUCUGACAUUGGCCAGAACAUUGGCAUCCUGCUCGCGUGGGGUGUCGUCAACACUAUGUUGUUCCCCCUGUGCUGCUAUUUCAUGCGCUGGAAGACGGAGCGGGAGAAGCGCAUGGAGGAGAAGAACAAGGACCAGUAUGUGGUCAAGACGACCGAAGGGGAGAAGCAUCUGCCCAAGGCAAAGGGUGAGAAGCCGCCAUUGAGGAAGAGGGGGUUCAUGAGAGGCGUGUGAGCUUCUACCGGGCAGCCCACUCGGUCUGUCGUUUUGGGCCACAAGAUAGCUUUAGAGUUUUUCUCUGAAUGAUGUAAACAGGUUUUCAAGACAAUGAGAGUGCUCAAAGUGCUCGCGCAGACUGCACAGCCUGUUUUGUCCUACGACGAGUCGACAUCAAGGUUGGUGCCUCGCACAUGCAAGCCAU